AUGGUAUCAUUUGUCACCGACGUUUUCCACACCAAGGUCAUCACCUAUGCCGCCCUAUCGUCAAUCACCAACUAUCUAUACGACUAUGUACUGACACUGAACGAUGAGGUGGGGCUGUAUUGGACGUACGGCGGGAGCUGGGUGCUUCGUGCGGUGUUUCUCUUGUCUCGAUAUAUGCCUGCGUUGGGUCUGCUCCUGGGGUUGCUUAGUCUCAAUCCUUCUGGGUUCAUUCUCAACGACAGAACCUGCCGAGCUCUCUUCAUAGCUGAUGUCAUCUGUCAAUCAGCAAUGCUCAUCUGCUCUACUGGCAUGUUCCUACUUUCUUCGUGGCUGCAACGCAAUCUCAAAACAUUCAAAAGGAAUAUUAUGUCUUCGAAUCCUCACAAUUUUCCAACACAACUGGCUGAUAAGAAUUCUCGUCAAGCGUUGCACCAUCUAAUCCCCAACUUGGGCUUUGCGUUUGGCACUUGUUCAAUAGUAGGACAGCCACCGCCAUAUGUCGGCACUAUAAUUGCAAUGGCUUACAUGUCUGCGUUACCGUGCGAGAUCAUUAUUAUCGGGGCGACAUGGUUUCAUGCGUAUCAAACCAAGGAACUCCGGCUGUCGACAUGGGACAGCGUCUCUUGGCCGAUACUCAAUCGCAUGUACAAGGACGGCGCAGCGUUCUUCGUGAUCUCGCUGAUACUCCGAUGCUCCGCGUGUUUGACCGUCAGUGGACGAAAGCGAACUACUCAUCUUCUCUGCAAUAAUAACAUCAAGAGGGUGGUGGAUUUUAUGGCACUUAGUCUCAACAGCGUCGUUUCGAGUCGGUUCUUCUUCUCGUUGCGACGCUCCAUUGUGCGGUCAAUCAUCGACAAUGAUGUCGUCGAAGACGGAUUUGGCGGCACGAUACAACUUCAAACAAACCACGAUAUAACGCUUCUGCGAAUGCGAAGACGGCAACAACAGACGGACUGGAUCAUCGAGACGGUAGACAAAAACUAG